UACAACUGACAUGUUGAUUUUCCAGCAGCUUACAGAAUGCCCGGAUAACCAUGAUUGUUUUUCUCAAACGCAUAUCAUUCGUCAACAAUUCGUGGAAUCGGUGGUGAUUUAAUCUUGGCCGUAUUUGUGAUUUAUAUCAUUUUGUGACAUCUCCAGAUAUUUUUAUCAAACGGGCUGGAUUAUUUUGGAUUAUCUUUGUGACACACGCAAGAAUUUAAGUAUUUUAGGAGCAUCAUCAUCGCAUGAUAUUGGCAUCGCCUGUGGGUUUAAGAACAGCUGUUUUGGACAGAAAAAAGGACCAAAAGUCAAUUCAAAUUGAAUUCAACGAUCACGUGAAAUGUGAUGUGGUGUUCGACAGCAUGUCGAUAUCAUUUUGAAAUGGACACAAUCCGAUCGUGAAAUCAAUACAUGUGGCCAGUGAUUGGCGGUGUGUCGGAUCGAAGCAAGCAAACUUCAUCCUGCUCAUCGCGUGUCUCCAUUGUGUUGUGGUCAGUUUCAUCAGCGGGGAUGUAUGUGCGAACAAUACACAUUUGAUCCACGUCAUCAAUUUCACUUAUAAAUUGCCUGUGUUGAUGUCACUGUCCCAGACGAGUAUAAACUGCAAGUUGAUUGUGGGGAAAAACACGUGAAGAAUCUGUUGGUUUGGAUGAGAGUACACGAUACAGUGGAUUGUAAACAGUAACUGUUUGAUUGGCAUUCUAGAGGUUUCUGACAGUGCGUCGAGUUCUACGUGGAAGCGUGUUAUCAUUUGAAAGGCAGCGGAAUACACUUUAUCUGUUUUAACUCAGUUUUUUAGGGCGUUUUUUAUAGAUACCAUCAUAUCAUGUGGACAUUGAUAUUAUCAAUCAAGAAUUAUUAACUGUCUUCCCACAAACAUAGUGACCUGAGAAGGACACGAAGCCUCAUCGAGACACUGUGAGUAAAUAUUCCGUAGUAAGUUCGACACAACCCACGCGUCGAGGAUGAAUACUACCAACUCGACUACCUCGCCUUCGUCGAAAAUGAUUCUACCACAGGAAGCUACGGCGAAUCUCAUGUGGCAAAUAUUCCCGCCGAUCCUACUUGUAUUUGGCACCGUCGGUAACGUUCUCUCCAUAGUUGUGCUGACCAAGAAGACGAUGCGGAAGUCCAGUGUGUCCAUCUAUUUGACCUGUCUGGCUGUAGCUGACCUGUUGGCUUUAUAUUCAGGUCUUUUGAGACAAUGGAUCAUCUACACCUUCAAAGUCGACAUCCGGGAACUUCACCCAGUGAUCUGCAAGGUCAACACGUGGUUGCUGUACGUCAGCCUUGACCUUUCUGCCUGGAUUCUUGUUUCUGUUACAGUGGAGCGCGCCAUUUCGGUAUGGCUGCCCCACAGGGUGAAGGUCAUAUGUACGAAGAACGUACUUGCGGUAAAUAUUCUGGUUCUAGUGAUCAUUCUAAUGUCUGUUAAUGGACAUUUUCUGUUCGGAAUUGGCCGAGUGGUUUACGAAGGUGCCGUUUAUCCAUGUGCAAACCAGUCUCCGGAUUAUGCCAAGUUUCUUGACUACAUAUUUCCGUGGAUAGAUAUGUGUUUGUUCUGCCUCGGGCCUUUCGCGUUUCAUUUAGUCGGUAACACUCUUAUCAUUACGCGUUUGAUGGCUGGCGUGCGCACUAUAACCCAGAUGAAUGUGGCCACCACUGAGCAGACGACUGAAAGACGGCGCCAAGUUUCGUCCAUGACCAACAUGUUGUUGAGCCUCAAUCUGGUGUAUCUCGUCUGCACGCUACCAAUUUCUAUCUACCUCAUUUACACUACAUAUUGGGAGAAAGACACCUCACCGAAAGCGGAUGCACAACGCCGGCUGUUGUUCGCAUGCGCGAAUCUUCCAAUGUAUUUGAACAACUCGAUGAACUUCGUAACGUACACUCUCAGCGGCAGGCGGUUCCGGUCAGAGCUGGUUUCUCUUUUCAAACGUAAAAGGUCAAGGUCGGGAUCCAUUGUCACCCACUCCACCUCAACAUCCAGCGUAUAUAGAUCCCGACACCAGGGGUCAGGUCACACGACGACAGGUACCAACAUGUAAUCUCAUCCCGUGUCAAUUUACGUCGAAUUUUACAUUCAGCUUUGUCUCAAAAAAGAUUAUCUCAUUUUCCGCUUAUGAAAAAGCUGUUCAUAUACUACUUGUAAUUUUAAAGAAUUUCUUGUCAAAUUGUAUUCUUAUUCGGGCUUUAAAACCUUAAUCUUUAUUGGGAGAGGAGAUGUUAAAUUUAAAAUUAUAUUUUUUCCGGAAAAUUGAAAAUUAAUAAAAUUAUUGCCCGGCGUUUUAAAAACGGUUAAACGUUAACCCUCCUGCAAUAGAUAUUAUUUUAUUUUCGGACGUCCAGGUUUGCAUAUUUGAACUCAAAUUUGAUUGAGGAAGUAUUUCAAGAUCGUGGUUUUGGUAGUCCAAGAGGUGUUGCUUGACUUCAGUUCCUGUGCUGAGCAUUAACUUUGGGUCUCUCACAGCAGACCCAUGGGACUAAUGCCUCGACUCACUGCUUGCCAAUUAAUGUCUCUCACGGCAUUAUUUAGGAAUUCAUCGUCGUACAACCGACAAGGUGAAUGUGUCACCGUCAAGGAAAUGGUACGCUGUGCACAAUGUGUGGCAAAUCGAAAUAAUUCGAUUUGGGAGACUAUUUUUGAGAUAGAUGUUAUCACACGAUGGACACUGAAAAUGGCUGUGCUGAAAUGGACAGACAUUAAAUAACCUUGAUGUUUUCUCAAGUUUGGGUAGGGAAAUCAGUGCUGUGAUCUUUCUGUGUGGCAUUUAUUUUGAUCACAUUAACAGACUGUAACCGAGUGAAAAGAUACAAGCACCACACGAAGUGUUAUAACCCUAUUCAAUCAGAAAACUAACUUUGCGAAAUUGUUCUUAAUUAUACUAGUCUUUGGUGGAGUUAAAGGUAAAGAUCACAUUUCAAGAGAUAGAUUUAUCGCUAUGCGUUUACUGAAUGAUAACAGGUUUGUUUCAAUGCAGUUUCAGCAAUCAUGUUUUUUACAUGGUACAUAAGUUAGUAAUCCCUGAGUUACGAAGAUGGAUCAAUAACGCUAAAAGCUGUUUAACAGUAUAUGCACAAAACCUUUGGUAAAAAGAAUUCCUUGAUGUGGUGUAAAUAAUGUUUAUGUCUGUCACAAGUUGGGAGUUGAGUACAUUUUGUAUCUUACUUAUCACGUGUACACGUCAUGGUUUUUAUAACUGAUCAUUGUAUUUUUAGAUAUUCAAUCAGUUUAUUGUUUAUUGUUUUUUUUUCCAUAUGACUCAAGUUACAUACGUUAUAUCAUACAUUUAUAUUCCUUUGCAUAUGCAUUUAUUUAGAUAUCCUUAGAGUAUCGAUAUGUGAUAUUGCAGUAAUAUCGAUCAAUUUACGAGGUGAGUCGGCAUCAUGACAAAUGUUUUGCUGAUACUGACCUGCAAAUGUUAUUCAUUGAAAUGAAAUGUAAAAUAUUGUUAAUGACAAUUAGAAACAACAUUACUUAACUGAAAUAGAAUAGUUUUAUCAUAUCAACUUGGUAAGUUCAUAUAACAAAAUUAACUUUGCCCUGUUGUUUUUUGUUGUUGUUUUUGUUGUUGUUGUUUUUGUUGUUGUUGUUGUUUUGGUGGGUGCUAUGAAAAGAAGAUUGAUUUAUAAGACGAUAUCAAUUCGUAGGUUAGUGAGGUAAGAUGUUUGUUGAGUGAAUACAAUUGCAUAGAAUCGUAAGCAAAACGAAAAUAAACAUAUUUUAACAAAACCCGUUGUAAACAAGUAUUUGAACAUGCUUUCUUUCGAAUGUAGAAAUAACUGGUGUACAUAUCUGAAACUGCCCCUUAGCGUGAGCCCACUUAUUCGCUGAUUCGAAGUUACAUUUAUCUCAAAUCAACUCACUCACUCACUCACUCUCUGCUUGCAUGUGUAUUCGAUUACAUUUCUGUCAUCGGGAAAUAUCAGAUGGACCGUAACAGUUUUACAUGACCUCUUACAACCAAAUGUCCACAUGUAAAAUGUCCUAUGUAUGCGAGCUGUAAGAUAAUUUCAAUGUUUCUUUCAGAUUGUGUGAAUAAAAGAGAGAGAGUUGAAAUAUUUCGGUAAUCAUAAAAAAAAAACUGGGACAAAAUCAUAUUCCGAACAGUGACGUGGUUGUCAUGUAUUUCUUAAAAGUAUUAAAGACUAAGUAAUUAAUACAACAUGGAGAAAAAUAAAUAACGGAAUUUUAUACACUCAUGGCAUGGCAAGAAUCGGUUCUUAUUUUGAGUAGUGAUCACUAGAAAGUAAUGCUAGCCCGCAAGCGCAUGUCAACUUGUAUUUCAAAAGUCUAGUGAAGGCGGUUUGGUAGCCUAGUGGAUAAAGCGUUCGCUCGUCACACCGAAGGACCGGGUUCGAUCCCCAACGUGGAUCCAAUAUGUGAAACCCAUUUCUAGUGUCCCCUGUCAUAUUGCUGAAA